CCACCUGGAUUUCAGUCUCGAGAAGACCUUAUUUUUCUUCAUUGCUGGGAGAUACGAAUUUUCCAACAAAGGAGCUGAUAUGUUCCUAGAAGCCUUAUCAAGAUUAAACUUUUUGCUGAGGGUUCAUAAGACUGAUGUUACAGUUGUUGUGUUCUUCAUCAUGCCAGCAAAGACAAACAAUUUCAAUGUAGAAAGCCUGAAGGGACAAGCAGUCCGGAAGCAGCUCUGGGACACUGCACAAUCUGUGAAAGAAAAGUUUGGAAAGAAACUCUACAAUGCCCUACUAAAAGGAGAAAUUCCAGACUUGAACAAGAUUCUUGACCGGGAUGAUAUAACCAUUAUGAAAAGAGCCAUCUUUUCAACUCAGCGACACUGUCUGCCUCCAGUGACCACCCACAACAUGAUUGAUGAUGGCAAUGAUCCCAUCCUCAAUACCAUCCGACGCAUUGGCCUGUUCAAUAACCGGACAGACAGAGUAAAGGUGAUCCUACAUCCAGAGUUUCUUUCUUCAACAAGCCCAUUGCUGCCUUUGGACUAUGAGGAGUUUGUUAGAGGCUGCCACCUUGGUGUGUUUCCAUCAUACUAUGAACCCUGGGGUUACACUCCAGCUGAAUGUACUGUGAUGGGCAUUCCCAGUGUCACCACAAACCUUUCUGGAUUUGGCUGUUUUAUGCAGGAACAUGUUGCUGACCCAGCAGCUUAUGGUAUCUACAUAGUUGACAGGAGGUUCCGUUCACCUGAUGAAUCGUGCAACCAGUUGACUCAGUUCCUGUACGGAUUUUGUCAGCAGUCCCGUCGCCAGAGGAUCAUCCAAAGAAACCGAACUGAGAGGCUCUCGGAUCUGUUGGACUGGAGAUACCUAGGCAGGUAUUACGUGCAUGCCAGACAGUUGGCGCUUAGUAGAACAUUCCCAGAUAAAUUUGAGAUGGAACCAAGUGCUCCACCAAAGACGGAAGGUUUCAGGUACCCCAGACCUUCGUCAGUGCCACCAUCACCUUCUGUCUCUCAGCCUUCCAGCCCUCACCAUAGUGAAGAUGAAGAUGAGGAUGAAAGAUAUGAUGAAGAAGAGGAAGCUGAAAAGGAUAGGCAAAACAUCAAGUCUCCCUUUUCCUUUGGAGUAUUGCCGCAAGGAAAAAAGAAGCAGCAUGGAGAAUACAGGAACUGAAUUUGUUGCUCUCACCCUGACAGGGUCUCUCCAUCCAUUCAACAGUUUCUCCUGUAGGCUUGGCAAACUUUGUGUUAAGUACAGUGUGAUAUAAUUAGAGAAAUCUUAAAUGUUACUUGAACUAUACUGUUGGAAAGCCUAAUAUUAUUUCACCUUGAAAGUAGUUUAAAUGAGAAUUUUUGUGUGCCCCUGUG